UAUAACCUAUCUUCUUCGCCUACAAUAUUUGUCUUCCACCUCUGUCAUAUGAUCAAUUCCUACACUACUCCGAAAGGCAGGAACCCUUUUUUAUUUUCUUGGCCGCCACCAGAUCUCUCAGUAUGAGGAGGAAUUGUAACUUGGAACUUCGCCUUUUUCCCUACUCUUCCUCUCUUUCUUCCAUUGACUCCGAUCACGGCCAUCCCAUGAUAUUGGAAGAGAAUAAUGGAAGCCCUCAACAGAAACACCUAGAGCAGCAGCAGCAGCAGCAGCAACAACCGCUGACCAUCUUUUACAAUGGAAAGAUUUGCGUUUCUGAUGUUACAGAGUUUCAGGCUAGAGCUAUUCUAUUGUUUGCCAAUAAAGAAAUAGAGGAAAGAAUGAGAACAACUACUCCAACUGGGUCUAGCCCCACUUCACCAAGCUGCCUGCAAUCUCCGCUAUAUAGCCCCACUCCUGGUCUUUCUAUGAAGAAGUCACUGCAGCGGUUUCUCCAGAAGCGAAAGCAUCGCAACCAGGCAACAUCACCUUACCAUCAAUAUCAUCAUUAGCCAAUCAAUACAUGAUCAUCUCUCUCUCUCUCUCUCUCUCUCUCUCUCUCUCUCUCUCUCUCUCUCUCUAUAUAUAUAUAUAUAUAUAUUAUAUAAUUGACAUUGAGUUGUUUAAUUACGUGCGUAUUGAAGACUGGAGAGAUGAUGAUCUUUUAGAAUUUCUACAAAUCCUAGCUAGUUAUGUUGUGUAUAUAUAAUUGUUAUUAUUAUUGUUUUGUUGAGUUUUGAACAUGGAUAAAGUUUUGAUGAUCUUGGACGUUUCUGAA